AUGUCUAUUGCCAGGUCACUGGACUUGGAUGAAGACAGUUUUAUCGAACCAGUUGAAGAUGACCAAGAACCGGCAGACGAUACGUCUUCUAGGUACACAAAACGCCGCGCCGAUGUCUAUGAUGCCGUAGCUGGUCGUGUCAACGCUCGCGGUGUUCAUGUCCAUGUACCCCGUAUACUUGCAUCUCAAUACCGCGACACAGCCUCGUCAAGCUCUCGAGUUUUGCGUCCCGAGGAGAUUUUCUAUCGCAAACAGAAUAUUCUGGCGGAAUCAGUUGACGAGAAAACCUACUUCGCACAUGAGAAUCUUCCCUCUGAUCAAGCUCUCCCGAACUCCGAGCUCCUUGAGACGAUACAUGCGUAUGCGGCAGACUACUACGAAUAUGCUACGGCGGACAACGGCAAAGAUGAUCAUCAGACCAUGGAUGAGACAGCACUGCUUGCAAUGGGGAUUUUGAUCGAAGAGAUGGCCAAGGAGGAACUGGGUGAAACCGGAGAUCUGGCCCUGGUUGAAGGACAAGAGCUGUCAGAGGAAGAGGACAAUCAGACGGGCCUCGAGAGCGACACCACAAAUAAGUCAGCAGUACGAAGGAAACGAGCAAACAGCAACGUCCGGCGGAGAUCAAAACGACGCAAAUUGGCUCGUUCUGUUUCUGUUACGACCGAUUUAGAUACCGAGAUUGACGAAAGAUGA